GAAAGACUGGGAUGGAUAUUUGUGUUUCAUUCGCAUUAUUGUACUAUUGGAGCAUAUGAUUUCACUAGCAAGUACUUACAGUAGUUCAUCUUACAACUGGCUGUCAAGUAGGUGUUCUUGUUCUAUAAUUGUUUUGCUAGUCGUUAAGUUUCUCCAAGAUGAAAAAGCCAGCAAAUGCAAAAAAGGGCUUGACGCUGGUGCGCAAACCGGCGAAGCAGAAGCCCGAUACAGCCUCAGCGACCACUCAAUCAACUUUGGUAGCUCCUGCGUCGAAGCCAACGACAAGGUCUAGUAACAAGGGUAAAGGCAAAGGAGCAUCGAGCAAGGGCUCGUCUGACAGAACGAAGAGAAGCGAAGGAAAAGGAGGAAGCAAUACAAAAGGCGCGAAAAAAGGUAAGGGAAAGAGUAAGAGUUCAUCUGGAAAAAGCUCGUCGCAACAGCGCUUCUCCGAGUCUGAAGCACUUGCAACAACUAGCGGCUCCAGCACGAAACUAGGUGCAAUCGCAGAACAGGAUGAUAUUGAGGCCAAGAAAAAGAAGAAGGUUAAGCCUGGAUCUUUCGAGAGCUUUUGUCUGCAUCCGAUCCUGAAUCGUGCGAUCAUGAAGCUUGGCUACAAGAUGCCAACACCGAUUCAGCGAAAGUGCAUUCCGCUUGUCAUGAGCGGACGUGACGUCAUUGGAAUGGCCCGAACGGGAAGCGGAAAGGUAUAUUCUGACUGAUCAUAAGGUGUACUGUAGUCCUCGUUGACACAGAGAUUUGUAAAAAUAGAUGAAGGUCAUGUUGGACUAUGGUGACCGCGAAAAGAAGUUGAUUCAAAAAAACAUAGACACGUACAGUUAUUUGAAUCCACAUCACCACCAAUUGAAAUCCAUCAAACAACCAACAGACUGCUGCUUUUCUACUGCCGACCUUGCAUAAGCUGGAACUCGCGCACUCCACAACGGUGGGUGUGCGAGCUCUUGUCCUGUCGCCAACACGCGAACUCGCGAUGCAGUCGUCAAAAGCCUGUAAGCAGCUCAACGCAAAUGGUGGAGAUCUCCGAAUCUGCCUGCUUGUCGGUGGUCAAGCCAUGGAGGCACAGUUUGAUCGCCUUGCGCAGAAUCCAGGUAUUAGAUAUUAUAGAAACAUGUUAGAUCAUGCAUCAGUUUUCAAUUGUAUCCUGUCGUGAAUUGUCGGUAUCUUGAGGAAAUUGAUGUAGGGCUACUACAACUGUUUUGGAAUGUCUUCAUCAAAAGCGUUCUAACGCAUCUUGUUCAUCGUUCUCCCCAAUCGCCAUCUCUUCAGAUGUAAUCUUCGCUACCCCUGGUCGUCUUGCCCACCACAUGGUGGAAGCCGAUCUCUCCCUGGGGCGCGUACAGACCUUGGUAUUUGACGAAGCUGACCGACUUUUCGAAUUGGGGUUUGCAGAGCAAUUGAACAAGAUCAUGGAAGCGUGUCCGCAAUCGCGACAGUGCUUGCUUUUUUCCGCGACCUUGCCGAGUCAGGUGUUCCAAUUUUCGCGACUAGGCAUGCGUGAUCCAGAGGUCGUGCGGCUGGAUGUGGAGACAAGCUUGUCAGAAAACUUGGAGCUAGAAUUUCUUUACGUGCGCAAAGAGGAGAAGAUCGCGGCAGCACUACACGUCCUGCGUCGCCAUCUAAGCGGCGAGUACAAGGAAGACACGCC